AUGUCGGAUGCAAUGGAGAAGCAGCAGAAGCCGCCGAUUGUCAUCGCAAUCCGUAACGACGCGCCGUUGCCCACCGUCCCAGUCGCACCUCGCAGCCAUCCGAAAGACUUGCCUGCAGCCAGCGAGUCUUGCCAUGGGGUUGAGCUACCCCAGGCUCUCAGACACCGGGAUGCCGAAUAUUACACAAAAGUCGCAGAUGACUUUCUGGACAACGCCAACUUUGAGACAUUGGCUGGUGAAGACGUUGGCAGAGCAGAUCCCUCAAUUCUGUUUGCCAGCAACGAAAGGGAUGUUGCAAGAAUCAUUAACGACUCAAUCAACCGAGUGGUCGCAUUGGUGCUUCUUGGGGGCCACCCAGAUGGAACACUCACGAUGAGCAGCACCACACAGGCUUCCAAUACGGUGGACAUUCCUUACCCCGAGCCGUAUGAGCCGACAUCUAUCACAGGCAUCCCCAACUGGACAGCCGCGUGUGUCUACACCCCUCCCGAGCCCGGCAAAGCAAAGAUCACUUCGAACCUCGUCUUGAAAUACAAGGACCCGGGCUUGGUCUUCACCAAGGAGUUUGAGAGGGAAAUGCAAAUCACUCACGAUCGACUGGGUGCCGCCUUCAAGGAUAUCAAUGAACGUGGCAAUCAGGUUUCGAACUUUAUCGUGACGAAUUCGGGUAACGACCAAGCCGUCGCAAGCGCCUACACCGCGGCCCAGGUUCUUCGACAGUCAAAUGUUCGUUACAAGAAGCAGUCUACGCUGGGUCGGCAGUUGGCCAGCCCACACUCUCCGCAUGUCACGACCACACUGCAUGAAGCGACGACCUACGCUAUCACGACCCCAGCUCGCUACGUCGGUAUCAUGGAUCAUCAAUCCUUGAUCAUGUUUGAGUUUGAGGGUCUCACGAAAGACUUCAUGUCAAAGGACGAGAUCACGCGGCUUCGAGAAGGACCGGGCCAGAUUGUUAGCGUAGUGGUCAUCGACAACCCAGCUCAAAUCCGGCGCGUCAUUCUCGGUGCCUGGUUACGCAGCGUUCGCGGUCUCCAUGACUAA